GGGGGCGGUGCGCCGCGCGCGGCAGAUUCGAAGCGCGGGUGGGGCCGGCGGCGGUGGCGGCGGUGGCGGCGGUGGCGGCGGUGGCUGCGCGGGGCGUGAGGCGGCGGCGGCCACGCUGCGGUGGCGGCCCCGCGGCUCCCGGCGGCGCCAUGGACGAGGCCGUGGGCGACCUGAAGCAGGCGCUGCCUUGCGUGGCCGAGGCGCCGGCGGUCCACGUGGAGGUGCACCAGCGCGGCGGCAGCACUGCAAAAAGAGAAGACAUAAAACUGAACGUGAGGAAGCUGCUCAACAGACACAAUAUUGUGUUUGGUGAUUACACGUGGACUGAGUUUGAUGAACCUUUUCUGACUAGAAACGUGCAGUCUGUGUCUAUCGUUGACACAGAAUUAAAGAUUAAAGACCCACAGCCCAUUGAUUUGAGUGCGUGCACUAUUGCAUUUCACAUCUUCCAGCUGAAUGAAGAUGGCCCCAGCAGUGAAAAUUUGGAGGAAGAGACAGAGAACAUAAUUGCAGCAAACCACUGGGUUCUGCCUUCAGCUGAAUUCCACGGGCUUUGGGACAGCCUUGUGUAUGAUGUGCAAGUCAAGUCACAUCUCCUUGAUUACGUGAUGACGACCUUAUUGUUUUCAGACAAGAAUGUCAACAGCAACAUCAUCACCUGGAACCGGGUGGUGCUACUGCACGGUCCUCCCGGAACUGGAAAGACGUCCCUGUGUAAAGCAUUAGCUCAGAAAUUGACCAUCAGACUUUCAAGCAGGUACCGGUAUGGCCAAUUAAUAGAAAUAAACAGCCACAGCCUCUUCUCCAAGUGGUUUUCAGAAAGUGGCAAGCUGGUGACCAAGAUGUUCCAGAAGAUCCAGGAUUUGAUUGACGAUAAAGACGCUCUGGUGUUUGUGUUGAUUGACGAGGUGGAGAGUCUCACGGCCGCCCGCAAUGCCUGCAGGGCAGGAGCCGAGCCGUCAGACGCCAUCCGUGUGGUCAAUGCUGUCCUCACCCAGAUCGAUCAGAUUAAAAGGCAUUCCAACGUAGUGAUCCUGACGACGUCCAACAUCACGGAGAAGAUCGACGUGGCCUUUGUGGACAGGGCUGACAUCAAGCAGUACAUCGGGCCGCCCUCCGCGGCCGCCAUCUUCAAAAUCUACCUCUCGUGUCUGGAAGAGCUAAUGAAGUGCCAGAUCAUAUACCCUCGCCAGCAGCUGCUGACCCUGCGGGAGCUGGAGAUGAUCGGCUUCGUUGAGAACAACGUGUCCAAGCUGAGCCUCCUCCUGAGUGACAUCUCAAGGAAGAGCGAGGGCCUCAGCGGCCGGGUCCUGCGGAAGCUGCCCUUCCUGGCUCACGCGCUGUACGUCCAGGUCCCCACCGUCACCAUAGAGGGGUUCCUCCAGGCCCUGUCCCUGGCAGUGGACAAGCAGUUUGAAGAGAGACAGAAGCUGUCGACUUAGUCUGAUCCUGGCUCCCCAUCGCUGGUUUCUGCGGGAGAUGGCCGGCCGGCGAGGGCCACGCCUGCCGCCCGGAAGGCCCCUCUGUACGAGGUCGCUUGGAUCUGCGUGCCGGAGGCCCGGGAGGCCCAGCCUUCUGAAAAGAAGUGUGUUAUAUUUAUGUUACUUUAAAAUGCGUAUCAGAAGACAAAUUAUAGGAAAGAUGUCACUUUUACUGCUUUUGAAGGAUAAUUGAGAUUUUGUUUGCUGCUUGGUAAAGAACUAUCUAAGCGUGUUCAUUCUCAUCCCCCCCCAGUUGGACACAACGCUAACAAAUUUUUGUUUUUAAAAAAAGGAACAUUAAUGUAGGCGUCCUAGAAACAAGAGAAGCCGUCAGCCCACGUGAGCGGUGACCAUGGCGUGGCAGGCGCACUCGCCACUCCCCGCGGAAGGCAGCGGCUGCUGUCUGGGGUCAGCUUGCUUGAUUUAGUGCACAACGUUUUGGAGACUAACCCUAUUCCUAUGUUAGAGAAACUGAGAAAAAACGUCCAGGCAAAGUGUUCUCUUACAACAACUAACCCGGCACAGUCCGGUCUGUGGGAAGAACACAGACCCACGGCCUCCCUGGCGACCGAGCGCGGCACACGCGUUGCUCGGCGUUUCUGCCCCGUUUUGUUUGUUCAAUGAUGUUAUUCAUGCCUCAAAGGAAGAUUCACAUUAAUAGAAUAUAAAAUAAAUGGGUCUGUAAUUGACAUGUUUCACAGAAUAUUAAGGCUUGGUCUCAUGUAAGAAUAAAUUUCACAUUAGUGCUUUGUA